CUAGAAGUAGAAUUCGGUAUGAUUCGCUCAGUUCCUGUUUCCCAAAUCCUCAUGUAGGUAGACUUACCAGCCUACCCUAAAAAGUGUGACUGCCCUGCUACCAAGGGUUGUAGGGCCAUCAUUAUCUGGAUACCUUACACUCCGAUGCGGUAGAUUGUUCUCCCACCUGCUCAAAAGAGAGGUAAGGCAAGGACAGUUAUCUGAGCACCCUUGUGGCCACAGAGGCGAUCGGGAUCGAUCUGUUCCCUUGUGCUGGGAAGCUAAGGAGGCAGCAGUGUCUGAGAAUUGGCAUCAGUUUUCAGACAGUACUAGUUGCAACAAGACGGAAGCCUCAGCCGCCUUUCUCAGCCUUUCACAAGCAAGGCUGGUGGUGCCGUGGUGUACAGUGACCGGGAGCAACGCUGACCCAGGAAACUGCAGAAACCCGCCCACUGAUUGGCAAUGCCUGGUUGGGAGGAUACCAGGCUUCGUGAGCGUGGAAGUCUUCGCAGCAGGAAGCAGAUUUUCGCAUUGCAGCUUUUGCUGUUCUUGUGUGCUGGCCAUUAUCUUCCUCAAAAUCGUGCAGGGUGAAGGUGUGGGCAGGGCAUCCUCAGCCUGACCUGUAACCGUUUGCAAGGGUCCUUUUCUGUACCAUGAGUGGGACGACAUCGAUGUCGAUGGAGGAUCCUCUACCCCAGGCAAUGGCAGGGAAACGAGUCCUCAUAGUCUAUGCGCAUCAGGAGCCCAAGUCUAUGAAUGGAUCCUUGAAGGAUACAGCAGUGUCUGAGCUGAGCAGUCAGGGCUGCCAGGUCACUGUGUCUGAUCUCUAUGCCAUGAACUUUGAGCCCAGGGCCACAAAGAAAGAUUUUACAGGUCCUUUGAAUAACUCAGACUUUUUCAAUUAUGGCACAGAAGCACAUGUGGCAUAUAAGAAGGGGAUUCUGUCUAGUGAUGUGAUUGAAGAGCAAAAGAAGGUACAAGAAGCUGAUUUAAUCAUAUUUCAGUUUCCCUUGUACUGGUUCAGCGUGCCCGCCAUCAUGAAAGGCUGGAUGGACAGAGUCCUUUGCCAAGGAUUUGCUUUUGAUUUUCCAGAAUGCUUUGAUAGAGGCUUCCUCCAGAACAAAUUAGCCCUCGUUUCAUUCACCACUGGGGGUGAUGCCGAAUUGUACUCCAAAACCGGUCUCAGUGGAGAUAUUAAAUACAUCUUGUGGCCCCUACAGCAUGGUGUGUUGCAUUUCUGUGGUUUCAAAGUCCUGGCCCCUCAGGUCAGCUUUGCUCCCGAAUACACAUCAGAAGAUAAGAGAAAGGAGAUGGUGGCUUCUUGGGCAAGGAGACUGGAGACCAUCUGGAAAGAGAAGCCGAUAAACUGCACUCCCUCCUGGUACUUUGAAUAAUAACAUCUUAUGUUAUGUUAUGCUCUGUGUUCUUACCCUUUUUUUGAAGUUGUGAGUCACUAAUGCUCUGGAGAAAAUCUGUUAUAAUUAAUAAAGCUACAAAGUGAAUCUGA